AUGGAGGUGAAGUGCACUACAGGGUGCCCAUUCAGGUUGUUUGCUUCCUGGGAUUCAAGGAGGGCAUGCUUUGUUGUGAAAUCUGUUGAUGAUGAACACAGUUGCACAAGGAACAUGGAAGGCAACAGACAAAUGACAUCUACUUGGCUUGCAAAGCAGUUUUUGGAGAUUUUCAAGGCAAGGCCUCACUGGCCAGCCAAGGAGCUAAUUGAGACAGUGAGACAAGCAUAUAGAGUUGCUAUUAAGAGUGCCUUGGCCUAUAAGGUGAAGUACAAGGCCCAUAAACUGCUUCAUGGUUCCAUGGAAGAACAUUAUGCCAAACUAGGUAGAUACCUUCAAGCCUUGAGAGACAGUGAUGCAGAGAUUUGUAUAAGGUUGUUGAAUGAUGAAAGACCAAGGAGGAGUGCAACUCCAGUGUUUCAAAGACUCUUCAUCUGUUUUGAUGGUGUGAGAAAAGGGUGGAAGGAGGGUUGCAGAAGGUUCUUGUCCAUUGAUGCUUGCUUCUUGAAGACCUUUUUGGGUGGUCAAUUAUUGGCAGUUGUUGGCAGGGAUGCCAAUGACCAAAUGUAUCCAGCUGCCUGGGCCAUAGUUGAAGGUGAGAACAACUCCUCAUGGUCAUGGUUUCUCAGUGAGGUUCAAACAGCUUUGAACCUAGGACAAGGUGAAGGUCUUACAAUUAUUUCAGAUGAACACUUGGCAAUUAUAAGUUCAGUUGCAUCUAUUUUUCCCCAAUGUGAGCAUAGGCAUUGUGCUAGGCAUAUCUUUGCCUAUUGGCACAAAGAUUUUAAGGGUGAUGAAAUGAAAUUGUUGUUCUGGAGAGCAGCUAAGGCUUAUAGUAUUGCAGACUACACUGAUGCCCUAGAUGAAAUGGAUACCAUUAACCCUGAUGCAACAAAAGCUUUCAAAGCCCACAACCCCUCUGUUUUUUGUAGAGCACAUUUGAAUACUAACACUAAGGUGGAUGUUAUAACAAGUAAUCUGUCUGAGACUUUCAAUGGCUAUAUUAUAGCUGCUAGGACAAAACAUAUCAUUUACAUGUUGGAGGACAUAAGGGUAGCCCUUAUGCAGAGAUUAGUGGUGAAAAGGCAAGAAAUGGAAGCAUCUAAGGCUCAGAUCUGUCCUAGGAUACAAGCUAGGUUAAAUAAGGAAAAGGCAGAGGCUGCCAACUACAUGGUAAUUCCAUCCACAAACACAACUUUCCAAGUUAAUCAUAAGAUGGACAGUUUGACAGUGGACUUGGCUGCACAGUCAUGCACAUGUAGGAAAUGGGAUUUAUGUGGAAUCCCCUGUUGUCAUGCAGUGGCUUGCAUUUUCUUUUGUAGAAAGAAUGCUGAGGACUUUGUGUCAGAAUACUACACAAGGUCCACAUACCUACAGUCUUAUGCAGGAUCCAUACCCCCCCAGUAG